AUGGCGUACAGAAGUACACCCCAGGAAUCGACAAAAUUUUCUCCAAAUAUGAUUAUGAUGGGAAAAGAAAUAAAACUUCCAUUACAAGUCUUAUACUCCUACCCAAAAUGUUCAGAAGAAUGUGUGUCAUAUGGUGAUUACCUGUAUACUCUAAGAGAGAAUCUGUAUCAGUCACAUCAGAUAGUCAGGAAGAACCUAAAACAAGCAACGGAGAUACAAAAGGAUAAAUAUGACAAGAAAUCUAACUUGAAUCAAUAUCGAAUUGGUGAUUUAGUCUCAAUAUUAAUGGAGAGUCCAGAUACUGACUUUGAGAGUCAUAAGUUACAACCAAAGUAUAUUGGUCCCUGUCUCGUUGUACAAAAGAUCAAUGAUUUGUUAUACAAAGUUAAAACCAGUGAACAAGCCAUCGUUAAGCUUAUUCAUCAUAACAAACCAUAUAUAGGAGAAAUGCUUCCCUGGAUGAAGAAGUUUGUAAAGAAGAAUUAA